AUGGGUCACUUAGGCGUAGACGAGCUGGCCGCGGUUGCGUAUGCGCAACUGUGUCUAGAUUUGUCCACACUCGUGUUCAUGCAAGGCUUCAAUGGUGGCAUGAAUUCGCUUUGCUCGCAAGCUUUCGGUGCGAAGAACUAUCACUUGGUGGGCGAGUACACGCUGCUAACGAGUCUUCUACUCACGGUCGCGUGUGCACCGAUGGCUCUGCUCUGGUGGAAUCUCGACCGCCUGCUCCUAACAGCGGGUGUUGCGGAGCACGUGGCCUUCUUAGCAGGACAGUACGGUCGACUCUCCUUGCUCUGGUUGUGGCCACGCAGCAUGUUUCAAGUGCUUGCUAGUUUCUACCAGGCGCAAAACAUCGUCCUUUCAACCGCUGUCUUCGAUGUUCUCAUGGUCAUUUUCAAUUGCUUCUUCGCAAUUGGGCUCACGUAUGGUCAAUUUGGACUGCCCGAGCUUGGAUUCAUUGGUUGUCCGUUGGGGACGGCGGUUGCGGUGGCUCUAAGACUCGUGAGCUACGUUGCAUACAUGAACAUAUAUCACCGGUACCAUCAGCAAUGUUCGUGGCGCUGGGAUACCCACUUUCUCAAUAAAGAAAUCGUCUGGAAUCUGGUAUCCGUAGGCGUGCCGCUCGCAGCCGGUGAGCUACUGGAGAAUGCGCAGCUGACCGUGCUGACGCUGUUUGCAGCCAAGAUUGGUGAGCUCCAGCUAGGGACGCACAACGCAAUGAUGGAGUUAUUCUUCUUCGCUACUUCGCCGCUUUACGCUGUCAUCGGUGGCUCGGUAACAAGAAUGGGUAACCAUCUUGGAGCUGGCCAGCCGUCGUACGCCGUUGUUGCAGCCAAAAUCUGUGGGCAUCUUGGCCGGAUAUUUUCGGACGAUCCGGCGGUCACCACGGCGUUCAGUCAAGUGUGUUCUCUGGCAGCGCUCGCCUAUACGGUGCUGUCAUUUUUCUGCUAUGCUCUGGCCGUUCUGCAAGCUCAAGCACGACCAAUGCCACUGGCACUAGGCAUGGUUGCUGGUGCUUGGCUAGUCGGUGUUCCUUCAGCUUACUGGAUGGGUGUUCAUACAGCUCACCCCAGUUUACUGGGACUUUGGAAAGGUAUGAUAUGCGGGUAUACGGAGGCCGACAAAGCUGUCGCGCGCUCACAUUUGAAAGAAAAAGAGCUAGCCUCUCCUCAAGAAUCAGACCGCUUGUUAGCGUAG